AUGUUGCAGCCCGCUCGCCGGUCGAACAGCUACUGCGGCGAGGCCCACUGCUCCACUCUCAGCGCUUUCUCCGCUAACGGUAUCAACCGCUUUUCGCGUGCCCACGUCUGUCAGAACAACGUUUUGUUCGCACUCAAGACGGGCGAUAACCGGCCAAUGCAGAGAUCCGGAACAACUAUCUGUGGGGUACGACUCGUAGCGCCGAAACCAAAUGCUGAUUGCUCCACUUGGACGAUAUGCGUAAGUAUUACAACUUUAGCCAGCCACCUGUCACGGUACUUCCCCAGACAAGUCGGCCCAUUCGCGUACCCAACUGCGCAAGCCAAGGGCUUUACACCUGUAAAAAGUGACGUAGGGAUCAACUUACGC